GCUUGGCGCGUCUGCGCAGAAGAGCAUCAUGGCUGAGGCUAGCGAAGAACCGCCGCCAGAGGUAGAGCCGCUGGCCGCCGCCCGGGAGCGGAGCAGCCGUUUCUUGAGCGGUUUGGAGCUGCUGAAGCAGGGCGCCGAGGCGCGUCUGUACCGCGGCCACUUCCUGGGCCGCGCGGCCGUGGUGAAGCACCGCUUCCCCAAGGGCUACCGGCACCCGGUGCUGGAGACGCGGCUCAGCCGGCGGCGGACCGUGCAGGAGGCCCGGGCGCUGCUCCGCUGUCGCCGUGCAGGGAUAUCAGCCCCGGUUGUCUUUUUUGUGGACUAUGCUUCCAACUGCUUAUACAUGGAAGAAAUUGAAGGCUCAGUGACUGUUCGCGAUUAUAUUCGAUCCGCUCUGAAGGCUGAAAGAGCUCCCCAAAUCUUCUAUGCCUUAGCCAAGGCAGUUGGGCAGGUUUUGGCUCGAAUGCAUGAUGAAGACCUCAUUCAUGGCGAUCUUACCACCUCCAACAUGCUUCUGAAACCCCCCGUGGAUCAGCUGAACAUUGURCUCGUAGACUUUGGGCUGAGUUUCGUUUCAGGACUUCCGGAAGAUAAGGGAGUGGAUCUCUACGUCCUGGAGAAAGCCUUCCUUAGUACCCACCCCAACACUGAGGCUGUGUUUGAAGCCAUUCUGAAGAGUUACUCCUCCUCCUCCAAAAAGUCCAAGCCAGUGCUCAAAAAAUUAGAUGAAGUGCGCCUAAGAGGAAGAAAGAGGUCCAUGGUUGGGUAGAGCUGUGUGACACCACUCAGUUAAGCUGUUUCUCAAAGCAAAUUUGAGAAAAUGCUCCAAAUGAGAAUAGGCUUAAUAAAGGUGUUGAGAUAUUUUUAA